AUGGGAGUAUUAUUGAUACUAAAUAUUAGAUUCCUCUCUAAUGAAUGGGUUAUUGAGACUGUUUAUGAAUAUUAUAGAAAAGAUGAUACUCAAGGUGCUUGCUAAAGACUGAUUCAAGCCGCAAGAGAAGCAUGGUAAAGAGAAGAUGAAGUCAUAGAUGACAUUACAGUAGUAAUUGCAUUUAUUAAAUGA